UUAAGCCGUCUAUAAGGAUAAGGAGUUGAAAAAACCAUUAAACAAAAAAAAGAAAAAAACAGAUUACAAUGGAGAAGAUAGAGCACAUAACAAUUCCAACAAAUGGCAUCAACAUGCACGUUGCAUCGAUCGGCUCCGGCCCGGCGGUGCUCUUCCUUCACGGCUUUCCAGAGCUCUGGUACUCAUGGCGCCACCAGCUCCUUUUCCUCGCCUCCAACGGCUUCCGAGCCCUGGCCCCUGAUCUCCGCGGCUUCGGCGACACCGACUCACCGCCGUCUCCUUCCUCCUACACCGGCCACCACCUCGUCGGCGACCUCAUCGGCCUCCUCGAUCAUCUCGGAAUCGACCAAGUUUUCUUAGUCGGCCACGAUUGGGGCGCGAUAAUUGCCUGGUACUUCUGCUUGUUCAGACCCGACAGAGUUAAGGCUUUAGUGAAUUUGAGUGUUCAUUAUCUUCAACGCCAUCCAUCCAUCAAUUUCGUCGACGGAUUUAGAGCUUUGCUCGGCGAUAAUUUCUACAUCUGUCAAUUUCAGGAACCUGGAUUUGCAGAAGCGGAUUUUGGUUCUGUUGAUACUGCGACAAUGUUGAAGAAAUUCCUCGCAAUGAGAGAUCCUGAACCGCCGAUGAUUACAAAAGAGAAGGGAUUCAGUGCUCUGGAAACUCCAGAUCCUUUGCCGGCUUGGUUAACAGAGGAGGAUAUUGAUUAUUAUGCUAGCAAAUUUACCCAAACAGGUUUCACCGGAGGAUUCAACUAUUAUCGAGCAUUUAACCUAUCAUGGGAACUGACGGCGGCAUGGACCGGAGCAAAGAUAAAAGCGCCGGUGAAAUUCAUAGUUGGGGAAGAUGAUUUGGUGUAUCAUUUUCCAGGUGCUAAAGAGUACAUACACGGCGGAGGGUUUAAGAAAGACGUGCCGUUGCUGGAAGAAGUGGUGGUCAUAAAAGGAGCAGCUCAUUUCAUCAACCAAGAGAAGGCAGAUGAAAUAAACUCCCUCAUUUAUGACUUCAUCAACAAAUUCUGAUGAAUAAUCUUUUCUUCUUCUACUUCAUGGCCCCUGGAAGACCGCCAUAAUUAAUCUUAUGCAAUUGGUCCAAGUGUCCAAUAAUAACUUUCUUAGAAGCUAUUUGAGAUGUUGAGUUAAAAUAUGAUUGAGUUCAUAUAUUAUAUUUGUGGAGUUUAUAUACCUAUUAUAAUAUUUUUAUUCCAUAUUAA